GCCCCCCCCCGAGCCAUGCCGAACCGCAAGGGCGCGCGCAACGCCUAUUACUUCUUCGUGCGCGAGAAGCUGCCCGAGCUGCAGCGGAGCGGCCUGCCCGUGGCCCGCGUGCCCGACGCCAUCCCGCUCUGCUCGCGGGACUGGUCGUUGCUGACUGAGGAUGAAAAGGAGAAAUACACCGAGAUGGCUCAUAAAUGGAGAGCAGAGAACUCCACCCAGGCAUCAAUGAAACAGCCUCCCAGUCAGAUUUCUCCGGUUCCUGCACCACUGCCCAGGCAGAUACAGAGACACGCUUCUUUUCCAGAUGCCAUCAGUCUUCCUUGGAAGAACGAUCAGGCUGUGCUUGGGAACAUCUUCUGCUUCCUGAACAUUUACAGUCAUGGAGAGCUGCCCUCUCCCUGUGAGCAGCGCUUCCUCCCUUGUGAGAUUGGCUGUGUCAAAUACUCAUUACAGGAUGGCAUAACAGCAGAUUUCCACCGCUUUGUAGAUCCCGGAGAGGUGCCACGUGGCUUUCGGUUUCAUUGUCAAGCAGCAAGCGAUGCCACUCACAAGAUCCCCAUCUCUGGUUUUGAGCUCUCGAAGGCUGGUCACCCUGUUGUGUUACGUGAACUUUACUCGUUUGUUCGGCCAAACCGCGGCAGGUGGCCACCUGUGUACUGCAAGUCUGAUGACUGGUACAGAGUCAACUGGUGUCUGAAAUGGAUGGCUAAGGAAGCAGGCAUUGAGAACCAGCUGGAGCUUCUCAGUGUGGAAAACCUGGUGGUGGAACUGUACCAGCGGAAACUUCAAAAGGAGCCUUCCAAGACCUGGGUGCGCAACCUGCUGGAUGUCUUCAUGUGGGAUUACUCCAGUAACACUAGGUGCAAGUGGCAUGAAGAGAAUGACAUCCUGUUCUGCGCUUUAGCAUCCUGCAAGAAAAUUGCUUAUUGCAUCAGUAACACUCUGGCAAGCGUGUAUGGAGUUUCGCUCACAACAGCUCACCUACCUCUGCAAGACUAUGAUUCCAGCAACAAUAUAAACCCCAAGGUGGUGGUACUGGAUGCUGGACGUUUCCAGAAGCUGAGGGCUCAGAAUCCUGGUUGUAAUCGAUACUUCAGUUCUCCAGUUGAGAAACAAGGUGCUGCCUCUUCUGCUGGUGAACAUCCCUCUGGAGUGACAUCGCCAUGUAGCACAAGCAUCAUGCGAGGAAGAGGAAUCACUCGCUUGCUGGAGAGUGUCUCCAGACUUUCCAAGUCCUCCAGCAACUGA